AUGCACACCGACCACGACGCCGGCUUCACCGUCCAGUGCUCCGCCCUGCCCUGGCUCCCGCUCGCCCCCGGCGUGACCAUCAAAGUCGUCAAGCUGGUCCCCGAAUCCGGCGAAUACACAAUCAUGGUGCACGCCGAGCCGGGCGCUGUCCUCCCGCGCCACCGCCACGUCGACAGCGCCGAGAUCUACGUGCUGAAGGGGAGCGGCGCCCAUCCGCAGACAGGGGCGUUCGUGGAGGGCGACUACGUCUCCGAAAGUAAGGGCGCGGUGCACGACCCGCUGCCUUUCGACUGUGAGACCGAACUGUUGAUGCUGGCCCGCGGGCCCUCGGUGUUCUUGGCGGACGAUGGGUCGGACCUGUAUACUAUGGAUGUGGAGAUGUUGCAGGGGAUGGUCAGGAGGGCGGGGGGCGCUUAG